GGGAUGCUCUGAAUUGUUGCGUUCUCAGCCUACGCCAUAGACCUUCAGAUCUUCAGCAGAGCAUAGAAUAAGGAGACGUUCUGGUACCAGAAGGGAGACAAGAUUAUUCCAGCAGCCAUGGGACUAGUCCCUUCGGAUCUGACCAGCUUGGGGCAACGCAACUCAGGGUUCUACGAGCACAGGCGGAGUUCUGUGGUGCUGAACUUACCUGGACUUGAGGUGUUCCCUGGGGACCUUCUGGUGUCAGAUGGAGCUGCUGAUUACCUAUGCCACCCACUUCUGCUGCUGAAUUCAGAAUCCAAAAAGCCAAGAUGGCCUUUCUCCAAAAGAGGAGUGGGCAAAGACAAACACAAGCGCACAUCCGAUAUGGAAAACUGCCUGUCCUCUGUGAAAAUUACCAACUUCAGGGGCUAUGACUUCUACAGUCUGAAGGAUAAGACCUGGGAUGAAGUCAUGGAAACACAUCACAAACUCCUGACCAAUCAAUUAGACUUGAGAAAGCAGCAAGAGGCCAUGUGGGAACUUUUCACAAGUGAAUGCACCUAUUUUUUGGACCAUUUAUUAGUUCUUAAGAUGAUCUUUAUGAAUACACUAAAAUAUCUGCAAACUCAUGAAUAUCUCCUAGAUGUGGAUUUAUGGAGACUUUUUGCAAACCUGGAGGAGUUAACUCAGACAAGCCUUGGUUUUGUGAACAGUCUCUUUGGCAUUAUCAAGGACUAUGUAGACGCUUCUGAUAUUUCCUCAUCACUGGAUUUUAUUUCCGUACUCACAAAGUAUUUCCGAGGGAGUCUCUGUCAGAGCCACCAGACCUACUGCCUGAACUAUUCAGCUGCUAUCUUUUAUCUUGAGAGCCUGAGGCAGAGAGAUGACUUUGGAAUUUAUUUAAAAUGGUGUGAGCAAAAUGAACAAUGCAGACGGCUCCACCUGCCUGAGCUACUAGUGGCCCCACUUCAGAGGCUCACUCGAUAUCCGUUGUUGCUGAAGAAUAUCUGGAAAAGGAGCAUGGACUCUGCUGAGAAAAUCAUGAUCUACUCCAUCAAGGAAAAGGUGGAAAAGUCCAUCCGGGACCUUGAAGGAAAAGUGAAAUGGCUGGACAAUUUCCAAAAAUUUAGAUAUCUACAGGAGAUUAUAGUGUGGCCACCGCUUUGGGAUAGAGAUAAAAGGUUUUUCAUUCCAGAGUGUUUGAAACACAUUUUUAAAGAACACACAGCAGAAAACAUCUUGUCACCAACCAACAGACACCUUCUCUACGAAGGAAAAUUAACUCUGGCAGAAAGCACAAGAUUCCUAGAUGUUUAUCUGUUUCUCUUCAAUGAUUUCCUCUUAGUUACGAAAACUAAGCGCAACAAAAAGAAACUUGGAGGCUCAGACCCUGGUUUAAUGUGUCCUUCUCUUACUCCUGAGUUGCAAGCAGUAAUAAAAGAGGGUGGUUCGUGUACAGUACUCGAUCAGCCUAUUCCACUAGAUAGGUUGGUAGUCAAAAGUAUUGAACCACUCCAUGUGUCAGUCUUUGGGCUGAGAAAUGCUUUUCUUAUACAACACGAAAACAGAUAUCGACAGUGUAUAGCAGCAUUCUUAUUACAAGCCCAAACGGAAAACAUCAAAAAAACAUGGAUGGCACAAAUAACAACUGCAAUUUCUUGCUUUACCAAGAGUCAGGAAACCAAGAAAAUACCUUUAUUCACAUUGCCCGCUGAAUCCUCUGAAAUUUAGGGACCUAAAAUAAGUAGCAUGCCUUUUUAGAAGAUUAGGGUUUAAGUUAUUAUUUCAUUCAAACUUUUGUAACACUUAGCUAGUGAUAAGCUAGAAGGAAAUUUGCAUUUUAAAGAAGUUCCAGAAUUUGAAAAUUUGAGCUAGGAAAAUCCUCAGUAUAGAGGAGUAAUGACUGCAACAAGUUUGAACUCUGAGGAAUUUCUUGACAGAUACAUACCGACAUCCAGAUUACCUUCUAAUGCUUUCGUCAAGCUUGUAAGAGGUGUGAGUGAAGAAAGGUGCUAAUUUGUAAAGGGUGAAUGAUCAGAUAAAUGGAGUAUCAGAAGGAAAACAAUGUUCACUGCUUGUGUCCAAUAUGAACUCCAGCAUCUUACUUUGUGUGUAUCUAUAAAAUAAUGAAACCAAUUUUCCUUCAUGGCUUGUCAGUCUUAACUGCUUUAUAGUCCUGCCUCAAACACAAUGAUAGUUCUUUAGAUACAAAGCUUGAUUGUUCUUUUAAUAUACAAAGCGAUAAAUAAGUACAUUUUAAUAGCAGUUUUAAAAUUCCUAUUCUCAAACUCCUCUCAGGUAUACUUUACAGUACUCUAACGUGGAAGUAGAAAACCCCAAAGACUAAAUUCCAUUACUUUAAGAUAGCGGAGGGAAAAAAAUCUGGCUUUCACCAGUUAACCCUUUUGCAUGGCUUUUCUUGGCCUGUUGUGUAGAUUUUCAUAGACAUAGUAAGGUAUCUGUCUCUUUAUUUUUUGAAGAAUGAUGGUGUUUGCCAUAAAAAUACUUUCUGGUUUUGAUUGGUGUGUGUGUGUGUGUUAGCACAGUACAGUCACUUAAUUUUAUUUGGCAGGACUUCAAAUUUCUUCAGAAUUUUUAUCAUGAAAGGCAGCUGGAAUAAUUAUUAUAUUAUGACAGGACAUAUACUAUUAACUACAUUCAAGGAACUAGUUCUUAGGGUCAGAUUAUUGCAUCAAAUGGAAGUCCACAAACUUCCACUUCAGGCUCGUACCUUUUGCAAUUUGCAAAGUGAAAGUAGUAAAUUUAUCAAAUUUGGUUGCAAGGCAACUGAAGCCUUAGCUGAUUUUGUUAAGCUAAAGAAUGGGAUAGAGAGGAUAAUAUUUGGGCAAGUCAUGUGCACAGUAAUUCCUUGAGGAAGGUGAAAUUUCACCAUGCAAACAAAGCAGUAAAGACAAGUGCAGCAGAAAGGCUUUUGUACAAGGCAAGCACUAUUAGAAUGGAGACUAAUAAUCUCUUUAUAAUAAUGUCAGACAUUUAAUAGAAGAAAAAAAUAAAAGGACAAUCUAGAGGACAGUAACUAUUGUUAAUAGCUAAGAAUAAAUGAGGUGGGGGGAAGGCAAAGGGGAGAAUAGACUUCAAGUGAAUUUCUAGAGAUGGCAUCUGGAUGGAACUAAAAGCAGUUAUGUCCAGGAGAAAACAAUAUAGAUUAUGCAAGAGAGGAUUUUAUAAAGAAAUUUCUGGCUGAAAAAAAUUUUUAAAUUAACAAUCGUCUUGCAAAUUUUUUAGAUAUAAACCAACCUCAGAGGUGAGCAGUGGACUAAGACGAGGUGACUUCUCAAACUCCUGUAGUCCCAUGAAUCCAGCAACCACAGGCUGACUUACAUGUAUAAAGGUAGUUGUCUCCCUCUGAAUCUCAUUAAACGGAGAGACAGACUGACUAAAUCAACAAAAUAUGUAAAACAGCUCAAGAAUACACUGCACAUAAACUGGAAUUCUAUAAAGCUCACAAAAUACAUGUCUAAUAUACAAUAUAUUAGAUGCUUGAGGAUAUGCACAUUAAACUCUUCAGAGGGUUUAGAAUGAAGCACAUUCAAAUGAAGGGAUCGUGGGGGUCAGAACAAAAACCAUUCUAGAACCGUGGCACCCAGGAAGAAAAACAAUGGCACAUUGGGCCUUCCAAAAAGUAUCUUUGGGGACAGGAAGGAGAAAAAAAUAAAUAAAUAAAAUUUUUAAGUAUCUUUAUGAAAUAAGGGAUUAAUUACAUAUUUUUUAUUUUUGUUUUUAGUUUUGUUAAUUCUCUACAAUAUUAAAUGGAAUGUCUAAAACAAAAUGGCAUUAAUUUCUCGAGAUCAGGAAUUUAAUUACUAUUCUAAAUUGAACAACAUUAAAACACCACUGUCUAUAUCCAAGUGCAAAGUCCUAAUAUUCUGUAAAUAAAUUAAUGCAAAAUGGUUAAUAUAGUGUUCUCUCUUUUGUUAGACAAAACAAUUUAUAGUCACAGAAUACAACUAGUUUAGAAAGAAAUGUUUUUUAAUAUAAUAUUUAAACAUAUUAAAAAAAACCAAAAGCAACAAUUCAAUAAGGAUCCUUCCAUUGUUCUUUAUACAGAUUUAAAUGCUGUCGUGUACUUUAUCAGUUACAUUUAUAAUUAAUAACCUCCCAAUCACUGAGUUUAGAAAUUGCAGUAUUUACUGAGCUAACCUUUCUCACAAAAUAAGGCACAACUACAUGAUCACAAGUAGUAAACACAGUACAAAUAAUGAACCCAAAAACUAAAUAAGAAAAUGUUCAUGCAAAAGUAUCUACAGAAGUUAUGAAUAUAUGAUCCAGUUCAAGGAAUUACAGAAUGUCAUAUACACAACUGCAUUGUGUUACAAUAAAUUUAUUACUUCUACACAGAAAGAACUUAGUGACUUCUAAUUCUAUUUUAUACAAUUUUACAUCAAUUUAGUAAGUUUAUGCACAAUAUUCACAUCUGCAACAAUAACAAAUUGAUCAUUAAAAUUUGGGCUAAGGGCAAUUAAGACAUGAUAAUGUGUGGCACAUGAUAAUUACAGAAUACCAUUCAUCAAGCUCAUGUCUAGGAAUACUAUAAUGGUGGCACAUUUAAAUUUUAUGGAUCAAAUCAUCCAUGGUUUUACAGCCAAAGUGCAUUUUU